AAAAAAAAAACUAUCGAUAUGAAUUUAAGAACAUUUUAGGCAUUAAUUAUUGGGUAAAUUGCACAUAAAAACUUUUCUCAAAUUUCUAACUGUAGUAAAUUCGAUUUUAACCAAACUUUGUCACCCUUUCCAUUGAUCGUCGUUCUUCUCGUCGGCGGCGAAACAAUGGAGCCGGACGUCAGCAUCGAAACCAGUUCCAUGAUCCGGAUAGCUGUCAUCCCAAUCGGAACUAUCCACUCACACCAAUUCCGAGACUACGUUGCAAUGCUCGGUCGCCACCACAAUAUCGAACUCUCCGCGAUCAGUUCCUUCUACACCGUACACGAAAAAUCACCCUUCUCGCAACAGCCCUGGUAUUCCGGCAACCUCCGUUUCAAAUACGUCAUCGGUGGAUCUCCGCCGAGUCCGUGGGAGGAUUUCCAACCCUAUCGGAAAAUUCAUGGUGUUAUUGGAAUCUGUCAUUGUCCCUCUUCUCCUGAUCUGGGCAGUGUACUCGCGCAAUUCCUUGCGGCGUGUAAAGGAUACUCCUCUUCUCUUAUUCAGCGCUGUUUCGCUUUUUCUCCUUGUGAUUCUCAGUUAGAGGAUGAAAGUAAAAAAAGCAAUAAGCUGGUGUUAUUUCCUCCUGCUGAUCAACGAACACAGGAAUUUCAUCUGCAAACAAUGAUGCAAGACAUGGCUGCUUCACUUCUGAUGGAAUUUGAGAAGUGGGUGGUUGCAGCAAAAUCGAGCGGGACCCUUCUCAAGACUCCUUUAGAUUCUCAAGCCAGUCUCAGCGCAGAGGAGCAAUUUUUUCAGGCGAUGAAAGCCAGAAAAAGGAGAGAUGCCCGAGCCCAUAAAACCAUAGGGGAUUACUGUCUACUAGCUGGAUCACCUGUUGAUGCCAAUGCCCAUUAUUCUGAUGCUCUAGAACUUGCAAGAACAAUUGGGGAUUAUUUUUGGUAUGCUGGGGCAUUGGAAGGUGGUGUUUGUGCCUUUCUGGUAAGCAACCACAUUCAAUCAUCAUUAAUCAAACAUACAAAACCUUUUGUUGAUUCAUACAUUAUUUGCUAUAAGAUGAGUAAAACAGGGGAGAAGGAUGCAGCUUUAGUGGAAGAGGUCAAGUUUCGCUACAAUGGUGUCAUCACUCAUUAUCGCAAGUCAUUUAUAUCAGAAAAUGCUCAGAGAGUUUCUCCUCUGAGCUUUGAACUUGAAGCUACUUUGAAACUGGCAAGAUAUCUCUGUAGACCAGAGCUAGUGAAGGAGGUGGUGGAGCUGUUGACUACUGCAACAGAUGGAGCCAAAUCAUUGAUUGAUACAAGUGAUAGACUAAUUUUAUACAUCGAAAUAGCUCGUUUAUUUGGAACUCUUGGGUACCAUAGAAAAGCUGCCUUUUUCUCCAGACAAGUGGCUCAAUUAUACAUGCAACAAGAAAGCAAUUUAGCUGCUUCAAGUGCUUUACAAGUAUUGGCACUCACCACAAAAGCUUAUCGUGUUCAAAGCAGAGCUUCCAUUUCCAAUGAAACCGGUCAAUAUCUUGUUGAUGGUGGAAAGAUGAAUCAUCAUUUGGUGGUAUCUUUAUUCGAGUCUCAAUGGAGCACAUUGCAGAUGGUUGUACUAAAGGAGAUACUUUUAUCCGCCGUUCGCGCCGGCGAUCCUCUUGCUGCAUGGAGUGCAGCCGCCCGUUUAAUACGAUCUUACUACCCUUUAAUCACGCCGCCCGGCCAAAACCGCCUCGCAAACGCCCUAAUCAAUUCCGCCGACCGCCUUCCUUCCGGCACUCAUUGCUCCGAUCCCGCUUUGCCCUUCAUAAGGUUGCAUUCGUUUCCACUCCAUUUCUCACAGAUGGACAUAAUAAAACGCAAUCCAAAACGAGAAGAUUGGUGGGCGGGGUCAGCUCCUUCGGGACCUUUUAUCUACACACCAUUUAGCAAACGCGAUGCAGUUUCGAACAGUAAGCAUGAUCUAAUUUGGGUAAUCGGGGAACCAGUUCAGGUGUUGGUGGAAUUGGCAAACCCUUGCGGGUUUGAUUUGAUAGUGAAUAGCAUCUAUCUCUCAGUUCACUCUGCAAAUUUCGAUGCGUUUCCUGUGAGUGUAACCCUACCUUCAAGUUCUUCCAAAGUUCUUAGUUUAUCAGGAGUCCCAACUAAAGAAGGGAUAGUGAGUAUCCCCGGAUGCAUCGUCCAUUGUUUUGGUGUUCUUACAGAACAUUUCUUCAAAGAUGUAGACAAUUUACUCCUCGGAGCAUCUCAAGGGCUCGUUUUUUCCGACCCUUUUCGUUGCUGUGGGUCUGCAAAGCAGAGGAAUAUAACUGUUCCCAACAUUACAGUAGUUCCCAGACUUCCAUUGUUAGUUUCACACGUGGUUGGUGGUGAUAGCGCCAUGAUUUUAUACGAAGGUGAAAUUCGUGAGCUCUGGAUGAGUUUAGCUAAUGCUGGAACAGUUCCAGUGGAGCAAGCGAACAUCUCAUUAUCAGGGAAAAAUCAAGAUUCUGUUGUGUCAAUCGGAUAUGAAAUUUUGAAAUCUGCAUUACCAUUAAAACCUGGAGCUGAAGUGAUUAUACCAGUGACAUUAAAAGCAUGGCAACUAGGGUUAGACCCUGAUACAGCUAAUAAGAGACAGGUGGAUGGAAGCAGCCCGGUUUUGUUGAUUCAUUACGCGGGACCCACCGGAGACCCCAUGCCACCUGGACGCCGCCUUGUUGCCCCGCUAAAUAUCUGUGUUUUGCAAGGGCUUUCGUUCAUGAAAGCUCGGUUGUUGUCAAUGGAGAUUCCCGCUCAUGUUGGUGGCGUUUCUGAGAAUAUCUGUUCUACCGAUUCAAUUGUGAAGAUUGAUCCUUUUAGAGGAAGUUGGGGUUUGAGGUUUCUUGAAUUUGAACUGUAUAACCCAACUGAUGUUGUGUUUGAAGUUAUUGUCUCUGUGGUGGAUGGAAUAAAUACCAAUAAUAGUAAUAAUAAUAGUAACAACAAUAAAGAUAAUAAUAAUGAAUUUAGUUAUCCGAAAACGAGAAUAGAUAGGGAUUACACUUCUCGAGUGCUUAUUCCAUUAGAGCAUUUUAAGCUGCCUGUUCUUGAUGGAUCUGUUUUGAUUAACAAUGGGGGUGGGGGAGUGAAGACGAAAGCUGAACUGAAUGCUUCGAUAAAGGAUUUGAUUUCGAAGAUUAAGGUGAGGUGGCAAUCGGGGAGGAAUAGUGCGGGGGAGUUGCAUAUUAAGGAUGCUACACAAGCGGCUCUUCAGACAUCGGUUAUGGAUGUUUUGUUACCGGAUCCUUUGACUUUUGGUUUUAGGGUUGAUGAAAGGAAGGAGAAACAAGAUUGUGUUGUUGCAAAUGAGAUGAGUCGGAUGGCAGUUAUUGUUAGGAAUAACACAAAAGAUUGUAUAAAGAUGAGUCUUAGUAUUACGUGUCGAGAUGUUGCAGGUGAGAAUUGUAUUGAAGGCUAUAAUAAUCCUACCGUACUAUGGGCAGGUACUUUGAUUGGUGUGAAGGUGGAGAUUCCUCCGUUGAAAGAAAUUAAACAUACAUUUUCUCUUUAUUUUAUGGUACCUGGUGAAUACACGUUGUUAGCUGCAGCAGUAAUAGAUGAACCUAAUGAGAUAUUGAGGGCACGUGCACGUUCUACUUCGUUUGAUGAACCAAUCGUCUGUCGGGGCCCACCUUAUCAUGUUCGAGUGCAUGGGAUUGUUUGAUGUCUUUUCUCUUUUUAUAACUACGGUCUACAUACAUCAUUCUUGACCCAAAAUUUUGUAUUUUUUUCACUGUUUAUGCUUCAUUAUUAUUUUUUUACUUUAGCCAAUUUCGGGCAUUAUAGUUAUUGUUUUUAAGUCCGAAAAUUGUAAUGCAAAUAAACAUGUUCUUACUGCUAUAUAUACGAUAGACUUGUUAUUGAA